UUUUUGGUCGCUGUCCUUGCCCCCCUCUCUCUCUCUUCUCUCUCUCUCUCUCUCUCUCUCUCUCUCUCUCGUUGAGACAGGAAUAAGAGCUAACAGACAUGGAAGACGAUCGUUCGUUAGGGUUUUGGGCGAUCGCCUUGUUGUUCGUAGGAAGCUUGAUUACCGUCACAGAUGGUUCAAUUCACGAAUACAAUAACGAAGGCUUCACCAAACGCUCCAACGCUCGUUUCUUCCAUGGCGGUAGCGAAGGUCUCUACGCUUCUAAGUUUCUCGUUUUCAAUGCAUCUUCUGAUAAACCUCUCAAGGGAAAAUCCUUCAUCAGGUUUGAUGACGUCACUUUUGUGAGGACAAAGGAAUCUGCUAGCAAGCAGAACAGAAUGCAGGCUACUGCUGGUUUGGUAGAAGCAAUUGUACUUGAGGUGAAGGACCGGGACAGAAUCGGAGGCUCCUUUCUCAAAACUGAUGCAAUAUGUUGCACGCCGGAGCUUGCUGAUGCUAGAUCCUGCACUUUGGGUGAGGUUAUUAUCAAGAGAGAUCCCGACGAACCUGAGUGGCCGAAACGGAUCAAGACCUUCUUUCGAGGAAAUAAGGAUGAAAUUAAAAUGUCUCCUGAGGCUGUGGUUAUUAAUAAGACUGGGAUGUACUACCUCUACUUUGUUACCUGUGACCCUGAACUGGAAGGCACUAUAAUCAGAGGAAGAACAAUUUGGAAGAACCCAGAUGGAUAUUUACCUGGAAAGAUGGCUCCCUUGAUGAAAUUUUUUGGCUUCAUGUCCUUCGCUUACCUUUUGCUUGGCGUGGUCUGGUUUUUACGGUUUGUUCAGUUUUGGAAGGAUAUAAUUCAGUUGCACUACCAUGUCACCCUUGUUAUUGCCCUUGGCAUGUGCGAGAUGGCAGUCCGAUACUUUGAAUACUCUAAUUUCAACUCCACGGGGACCAGGCCAAUGGAUGUGACUCUGUGGGCAGUGACGUUUUCCUCUGUGAAGAAGACACUGUCCCGGCUUCUUCUUCUGGUUGUCUCUAUGGGCUAUGGGGUAGUGAAGCCUACUCUUGGUGGCAUAACCUCCAGGGUGUUUCUUCUUGGUUUUGUUUAUUUUAUUGCAACAGAGGCUCUGGAGCUUGUCGAACAUCUUGGAAACAUCAACGACUUCUCUGGAAAAACAAUGAUAUUUUUGGUGCUUCCUGUGGCAUUGUUGGACGCUUGCUUUAUUCUGUGGAUUUUCUCAUCCUUGUCAAAAACUCUCGAGAAACUUCAGAUUAAGAGGAACAUGGCUAAGCUAGAUCUCUAUAGGAACUUCACAAAUGCGCUUGCAGUUUCCGUGCUGCUCUCCAUUGCUUGGAUUGGUUUUGAGCUAUACUUCAACGCCACUGAUCCUCUAAGCGAGCUCUGGAGAAUAGCAUGGAUAAUUCCAGCGUUCUGGAAUGUACUUGCUUACGCUCUGCUGGUAGUCAUAUGUGUCCUCUGGGCUCCAUCUGCUAACCCUACCAGGUACGCGUACAUGGCAGAGACAGAGGAUGAGUUUGAGGAGGAAGGUGUCUCGUUAAAGACGGCAGGUGGUGAUGUCGAGAGGAAUGAACUUCUCCACGGAAGAGGAGACAGACGUUGAAUUCCAGGUGGUGGAAAUGAAAUGCUUGUAAAAAAAAAAAAAAUCCGCGCCCGACGGCCCGAGGGUUUUUUGUGUAAAUUGCGGCACCCCGGUCUAAGUAUUUUUUUUUUAUGUAAAAGCCAUUUUGGCAGCUGGGUCGAAGUAAGUGUUCUAGUUUCUGUAUUUCUGUAUGCUCUUGGGCUUACACUUUGAACACUUGUCUUAACCUUACCACUUUGUCCUC